UGGUCUUAUUAGCUACUUAGUUAGCUACUCUUUAUUAUAGGGUUAGGGUUAGACAAACAACAAACAUCAACAGCGUCUUCCUCCAACCAAAUCAACCAUCAAUCCGACAUCAGGACAGGAUGUCAACAUUUAGCUUCAGGAGAAGUGGAAAGAAAGCCUUUAGGCACAUAGCUCACGGCUUGAUCCCUGCAGCCACCAUCGCCCCCCGGCCUGCUGUACCCCGUACCCCUCCCCCUCGCAGCCCGUACCCCUCUCCAGAAAGACCCAGGUCUGCCUUGGCAGCCGCCAUCUUGUCGUCGUCGUUGACCGGCCGGACCAUCGCCCUCCCUCCUGCACGCCCCAGAUCCUUCUCCGAGAGUGACUGCUCACGCUCAGAGACACACACCACGUUUGAGCCUUACGCCAGCACAGCGCUCUACACUAGAGACGGAGAGCCAGAAUCUUUGGCUGGCCGGCCUCGCUUGCCCUCUCCUGGGCUCUCUGAAGACCAUGAUGAUGAAGAGGAGGAGGAGGACUUAGAGAGUUCGGUUCUGUCAGAUGAAGAUGGUCAUGUCUACCAGUCUCUGGAUCGCCGGGGGAGAAGUCAGACCAGAGACGGAUAUGACAUCUACGCCCGGCCUGUAAAACAGAGUGAUGUUCUGUCAGAGGGCAGAGAGGAGACUGAUGACUCUGCCUUCGACAUAGUGUCCCCUCUACCCCCAGAGGAAGCUGAGGUUCAUCAGAUGUUUCCAACACCAGUUCAGAAGGCCACACCGUCCAAACUGGAGCAGAGGCCUUCGUCUUGGUCUCGUAGAAGCAUGCCUUCCCCAGAUCUGACAGAAGAAAGCUUCUGUGCAUCUAAGAAGAGGUCUUCAGCCCAGCAGACCAAGAGUUCAGGAAGCAGGAGAGAUGGACCAUCAGAGGCCAGCAGUGCCUACAGAGAGGUUCUGGACAUGCAGAAGGAGAUGGUUCGGUCUUUAACAGAGCAGAACCAGGCCCUGGGGGCAGACAGGAGGGUGCUGGAGCAGAGGUGUACAGAACAGAGCCUGCAGCUGCAGAGGAGCCACCAGAGGGUCCAGAGUCUGGAGCGGGAACUCAGCAAGGCCCCUGUCCCUACAGCAGGUGAACAGGCAGAGCUGCUGAGUCUGAGGCAGCAAGCCCAGGAGGUGGUAGACGAGAACGACAUCCUGAAGAUGACCGUCCAUCGCCUCAAUGUGGAGCUCAGCCGCUACCAGACACGCUUCAGACCCCUGAGCAAAGAAGAGAGCUCCAGGACCCAUGGCCUGCCACUUAAAGGAUCUGCUCCUCCCUGGCUGCUGGACAUGAAGUAUUUAUCUCCAUUGUUGUUGUCUUAUGAAGACCGGCUCACUGAGAAAGAUACUCUCCUGCAGGCCUCGGAGGAGGAGUUGAGAAGGUUCCGGGGCCGCGUGGAGGAGGUGGUGCAGGAGAACCAGAAGCUACACCAGGACCUGAAACAGACAGGAGGAGUCAGCCACAAGGAGUGGAGGCAGCUCCAGGAGCAGGCCCGUCUGGUACUUCAGGAGAACCAGGUCCUGAUAGAGCAGCUGGAGGUGCAGCAUACGAAGGCAAAGGACAGUCAUGGGAGACAUUUGACUGAGGUCUCUAAGGUGUGUAAGCAGCUGAUGUUGCUGGAGGCAGAGAAGCAGAGGCUGGAGGGGGAGCUGGAGGUAACGAGGAGAGAGCUCCACACUCUGCAGACAGAACACCUGCAGGCACGGUGCAGUCUGGAGAAUGCAGUCAGCUGGGACGAACACCACGCCAUCGCCACCAAACUCAAACGCCAACUGGAGGCUGACUCAGGCCGUCAGCAGACUGAGCUAGAGGAGCUGCAGCAGAGGGUGACUAGUCUACAGACAGAGAAGAACAGUCUGCUGUUAGACAAAACCAACCUUACUGCUGACAUCAAGAGUCUGGAGGCUGACCUGGAGGUGUCCCGACAUGCUAACAGGAAGGCCCAGAGGCGUAUAGGCCUGUUGAAGCAACAAGUUGAUGACUCUAUAGAGAAGGAGAUGAGAGCCCAUCACUACCUGUCCUCUAUCGUAGCUCUGGCUGAGAAGACCACACAGGAGAGAGACCAGCUAGUAUACAUGGCCUCGUCCCUAGAGCACGACAAGCAGGGGGUGAUCAGCAGGAUUGUGGAGGACACCGUGCGGCUCGGAAAGCUUCAAGAGAAGGUCAAGGUGUACAAGAAGCAGGCAGCCUGCAGCCUGGGGGUUCUGGGCCAGAGGCUGGUGGAGCAGGAGGAGGACUUUGCAGGGAGGGCAGCCUCCUACCAGACAGAAAUACAGCACCUCCAGAGGCUUCUACGAGACAAACAGCACGACCUGGACGGAGUGCUGCAGCAGAAAAGAGAGGUGGAAGGUGAGUUGGAGGUGGUGUGGGAGGCAGCAACCAGAGAGAACCAAAGAAUUAGGGAGACCCUCCAGGACUCCAGCCCAUCUCUCCCCUCCCUCAGCCCAGCCAGAGUGCACCAUGGCAGGGGUCUGAGCGAUGGACCCUCCCCCAGCUGGCUCUCCCACCCCCAGGAUGAGGUGUUCUACCCCCGUCCGCACCCUGACAGCUCUGGCCCUCCUCCCUGCAUCUCCUCUCCCCAGAGCGGCGGCCGGCCCGGCCUCCACCACAGCCCUAUGUUCGAGUCUGACUCGGACCAGCACCAGAACCCCUCCUCAGAUGAGAGCGAGAAGAACGGCAUGGACUUCUAUUCUUAGUGUCCUUUUUUGUAUUGGUCUUACAGAAGACAAGUAGCCUGGUCCCAGGUCUGUAUUAGUAGCCUGUUUUAGUAGCCUGUUUUAGUAGCCUGUUUUAGUAGCCUGGUCCCAGGUCUGUUUUAGUAGCCUGGUCCCAGGCCUGUUUUAAUAGCCUGGUCCCAGAUCUGUUUCUGCUCUUGCUAACUCCAUUGUUCAUUGUCAAGCCAAACAUGACAUAAAGAGUUGGCAGGAGAGUAGAACCACCCUGACACCAGGCUAGAAGACCAGGUCUGUAUUGGUCAGACUAGAACCAUCCUGACACCAGGCUAGAAGACCAGGUCUGUAUUGGUCAGACUAGAACCACCCUGACACCAGAUCUGUAUUGGUCAGACUAGAAUCACCCUGACACCAGACUAGAAGACCAGGUCUGUAUUGGUCAGACUAGAACCACCCUGACACCAGACUAGAAGACCAGGUCUGUAUUGGUCAGACUAGAACAACCAUGACACCAGGUCUGUAUUGGUCAGACUAGAACCACCCUGACACCAGACUAGAAGACCAGGUCUGUAUUGGUCAGACUAGAACAACCAUGACACCAGGUCUGUAUUGGUCAGACUAGAACCACCCUGACACCAGGUCUGUAUUGGUCAGACUAGAACCACCCUGAUACCAGGUCUGUAUUGGUCAGACUAGAACCACCCUGACACCAGGCUAGAAGACUAGGUAUGUUUUGGUUAGGCUAGAACCACCCUGACACCAGGCUAGAAGACCAGGUCUGUUUUGGUCAGCCUGACCAAAUGUUUUGGUUAGGCUAGAACCACCCUGACACCAGGCUAGAAGACCAGGUCUGUUUUAGUCAGACUAGAACCACCCUGCCACAAGGUCUGUAUUGGUCAGACUAGAACCACCCUGACACCAGGCUAGAAGACCAGGUCUGUUUUAGUCAGACUAGAACCACCCUGACACAAGGUCUGUAUUGGUCAGGCUAGAACCACCCUGACACCAGGCUAGAAGACCAGGUCUGUUUUAGUCCGACUAGAACCACCCUGACACAAGGUCUGUAUUGGUCAGGCUAGAACCACCCUGACACCAGGCUAGAAGACCAGGUCUGUAUUGGUCAGACUAGAACCACCCUUACACCAGGCUAGAAGACCAGGUCUGUAUUGGUCAGACUAGAACCAUCCUGACACCAGGUCUGUAUUGGUCAGACUAGAACCAGCCUGACACCAGGUCUGUAUUGGUCAGUUCUAACCACCCUGACACAAGGUCUGUAUUGGUCAGGCUAGAACCACCCUGACACCAGACUAGAACCACCCUGACACCAGGCUAGAACCACCCUGACACCAGGCUAGAACCACCCUGACACCAGACUAGAACCACCCUGACACCAGGUCUGUAUUGGUCAGACUAGAACCACCCUGACACCAGGCUAGAAGACCAGGUCUGUUUUGGUCAGACUAGAACCACCCUGACACCAGGUCUGUAUUGGUCAGAUUAGAACCACCCUGAUACCAGGUCUGUAUUGGUCAGACUAGAACCACCCUUACACCAGGCUAGAAGACCAGGUCUGUUUUAGUCAGACUAGAACCACCUUGACACCAGGUCUGUAUUGGUCAGACUAGAACCACCCUGACACCAGGUCUGUAUUGGUCAGACUAGAACCACCCUGACACCAGGCUAGAAGACCAGGUCUGUUUUAGUCAGACUAGAACCACCCUGCCACAAGGUCUGUAUUGGUCAGACUAGAACCACCCUGACACCAGGCUAGAAGACCAGGUCUGUUUUAGUCAGACUAGAACCACCCUGACACAAGGUCUGUAUUGGUCAGGCUAGAACCACCCUGACACCAGGCUAGAAGACCAGGUCUGUAUUGGUCAGACUAGAACCACCCUUACACCAGGCUAGGUCUGCUAGGUCUGUAUUGGUCAGACUAGAACCAUCCUGACACCAGGUCUGUAUUGGUCAGACUAGAACCACCCUGACACCAGGUCUGUAUUGGUCAGACUAGAACCACCCUGACACCAGGCUAGAAGACCAGGUCUGUUUUGGUCAGACUAGAACCACCCUGACACCAGGUCUGUAUUGGUCAGACUAGAACCACCCUGACACCAGACUAGAAGACCAGGUCUGUUUUGGUCAGACUAGAACCACCCUGCCACAAGGUCUGUAUUGGUCAGACUAGAACCACCCUGACACCAGGCUAGAAGACCAGGUCUGUUUUAGUCAGACUAGAACCACCCUGACACAAGGUCUGUAUUGGUCAGGCUAGAACCACCCUGACACCAGGCUAGAAGACCAGGUCUGUAUUGGUCAGACUAGAACCACCCUUACACCAGGCUAGGUCUGCUAGGUCUGUAUUGGUCAGACUAGAACCAUCCUGACACCAGGUCUGUAUUGGUCAGACUAGAACCACCCUGACACCAGGUCUGUAUUGGUCAGACUAGAACCACCCUGACACCAGGCUAGAAGACCAGGUCUGUUUUGGUCAGACUAGAACCACCCUGACACCAGGUCUGUAUUGGUCAGACUAGAACCACCCUGACACCAGACUAGAAGACCAGGUCUGUUUUGGUCAGACUAGAACCACCCUGACACCAGGCUAGAAGACCAGGUCUGUAUUGGUCAGACUAGAACCACCCUGACACCAGGUCUGUAUUGGUCAGACUAGAACCACCCUGACACCAGGUCUGUAUUGGUCAGACUAGAACCACCCUGACACCAGGUCUGUUUUGGUCAGACUGGUCAAACAUUUCCCAAGGCAUUAAUGAACUUGAUUUCCACAGUUAAAAACGAAGUAGUUUAUUUACAAAAGCUCUAUUUUGAAUGUUGUAUUGAUCUUUGUGUCAUUGAUUAGAUUUGAUACAUAUGACUGACUAUGUGUCUCAAUCAAACUGUUUUACUGUGCGUCUAUUCGCCAAUUUAGCUUUAAAAACAUUCUAUUGAAAUAACAAUCAACUUCAUUUGUGUCACAGUAAUGAUUGUAUGUCACAAUCUAGCUCUUUACAAAUAAAGGUGUUUUCUUCUGUUCA